AUGAGAAGACAAUUGACGGAAUUGGAAGAUAGUGAGAUAGGCGAUAUUAUCAAAUAUAGUUGCUCUGCUCAUUUAUUGAAUUUAUUCGCUAAAGACAUUGAACAAGUGGACAUUAAAAACAUAAUAAUCGUAAGCGACAUUCAAGAUGGUGAACUAAAAGAAAAUGUUGAGAACUAUCUUAGAAAACUUAAAAAAAUAUCAAUUGCUCUUGAUUAUGUACAGAAGGAAAUGUGUGUCCUAAGCGAUUGUACACACAUAUGGAAGGGCCUACUCUCGUCGAACUGGUUGCUAGAAGAAGCCAACAAGCUGAAAGUAAGAUAUAACGCUGCAAUGACACCUGCACAUUUUGCCGCUCAUAUAUUAGACCCCAAAUAUAGAGGUGAAGGACUAGAUGAAGAAGAAGACACAAUGGGUAUGGAGUUCAUAGAUUUAAGCUAUCUGCAGGCAAUGAAAGAUGUCCUCACGUACCGUGCGAUGAGUUUUCCAUUUAAAGACUACAUGUUUAAGGAAGAUCUUUUAAAAAGAACUCAUGUGUCCGUGUGGUGGAGAUCGCUGGGAAGUAAAAUAGAUCCGGGAAUGAUAGAUCUCACAAAUCAGUUAUAUACAGCCACUGCGUCUUCUGCCGGAAUCGAAAGAUUAUUUUCGACUUUUGGGCUGGUGCACUCUAAAUUACGAAACAGACUUCGCACCGAGAAAGCAGCAAAAUUGGUUACAGUAAUGAGGGUGCUCAAUCCAGGCAGCAGAGGCUCAUCAUACGUGGACGAGGACGAGGUCGAGGAAUGA